AAAGCCUAGUAUUUAAAUUCAGUUUCCUUACCCCAAUUCACACCCCAAAACACCAUUAUUCUCCCUAGCAUGAUGAAACCCACUUCCCUUUUUCUCCAAUCACUCACAUGCCUCAUUCUCUCAGUGGGUCUCUCCAAAUCUGACCCUGACCCACUUCAAGAUUACUGCAUUGCUAAUACUAACUCCCCAUUCUUCAUCAAUGGAGUUCCCUGUAUAAAUCCCAACCUAGCAUCUGCUUCCCAUUUCACCACAUCAGCUCUGGGCAAGCCUGGAAACACCGAGGCUAACUUUUUAAAGUUCAACGUGACAUUAACCAACAUUGUCAAUCUGCCAGGGCUCAACACAUUGGGCCUGACUAUGGCCCGGGUGGACAUUGACGCCAACGGGCUAGUGCCACCCCACGUCCACCCACGGGCCUCGGAGGUGACCAUCUGUCUCCGAGGUGCCCUCCUUGUGGGCUUUGUUGACACAUCUAACCGCUUGCUCGCCCAACAGCUGCGGCCGGGCGAUUCGUUUGUUUUUCCCAAAGGGGCGAUCCAUUUUCUGUACAAUAUCGACUCUAAAAACAUGGCCCUGGCUGUAUCUGGUCUCAACAGCCAAAACCCAGGUGUGCAAAUUGCAUCGACUGCUAUUUUUACUUCAAAGCCAAACAUUCCCGAUGAAGUUCUGGAGAAGGCAUUCCAAAUUACCGGCCAGGAUGUUGCCAGGAUUCGCAAAAACCUGGGAGGCUGACUGAUUUCCUUCCCAUUUUUCUUUUUCUAUAUAUAUAUAUAUAAGAAAAAGUGUCAUUUCAA